AUGGGAUUGAACCAUCAAACAGGAACUCCCUUGUCGUUGACCAUGGUUCAAGUCUAUCUCCCGAGACUCCCAACGUCAUUGUCCUUCUUCAACUCAUUUGUUGCUCGAUCAGCGCCACCGAUCAUCCAUCUCCAUCUAAUGCUGCAUACACUUGCUGAUCAUCCGAUGUUUCCACCAGUAGAAGCGUCGAUACAGAAGCUGCAAGAAAAGACCAAGGCACACCCAGACACCCUGCCAGAAGAGGGUCCUGUCCGAUCUGAGCUGAAACAGCGCACCGAGAUGAACGGGGUAGAAGUCCUAGCAGCAUGCCGGCAAGAAAGAGAAGGAGAGACCCAGAGACGACGGUCAAUCCUGGCCAUGUUGACGGGGAAGCAUCACCAGAAAAUAGCUCGUCAUGAAGAACACCAGGGCGAAUCUCAAACCGACCAAUCCAAGGGAAAACAGCCGCAAAGGGAAGUGCCUGGAGAGCAAGUUCCAGAUACCCCUCGCAGCGGCGUGCAUGUCCCCACCGCUAUCCCAACUCUAGGAACAACGCGCGCUGGCUCCCAUCAGAACCCAACCCUAGGGUUAGUUGAAGAUGCCAUCAUCCAGGUCGACCAUCUCCAAGUGAAAAUAGUCAAGUCAUGGCAGAGCAUCGACACCGUCCUAAAGGCUAAGACUGCUGGUAUGCCCAUGAUCAAAUCCCAAGUAUACGCCCUCGAGUGCAGAGACAUGGCCGAAACGCUAUAUGAGUACAUGAGCAAGGGCCUCAAGGAGUUGACAUCGACACGAGAUCAAAUAUGCGAAGCCUUCGAGCGUGAUCCUGAUCUGCAGCAUCACCACCAAAUCUUAUGGAUAUCAGCCGUAAAGGCAGAAACAAAGGCUCAAGACAUAAUGCGCUUAUACAAGGCCUUGGCAGCGGACAUAAAUCAAACCCUGGGUGCAUAUCACAUGGCCCGUUCCACAGCUAUGAUGAACAGAGAGACCUUUACGCACACGAAAUUGAAACACAUCGAGAGCGCCGCGAGGGAACGCCGUCCAAGCCGAGUGCCCCAAACCCAGUCUCAGGAAAGUCAAUACAUCGCUCGGACUGUAGUGCCACUCACAGGACCAGCGACUCCUGGAUACUCGGGAUAUCCCAAUCCCAUAGCCAUGGAUGUUCAGGAGGGCGAAGAGCAGUCCCCCGAUAUCCCACUUGUUAUGGAAGUGCCUCGCUUUCCACUGAAUCUUCCUCCGCAAAAGACAGUCCCAAAGACAUCAGACAAUAUCCCCACUAGUGCACCUAAUAUCGAUCGUCCCGUUUGCAACGAACAGAAGGCGGAAGAGGACACGAAGCAAGGCCGGCCAGGUGUAUUGGCCACGAAAAAGAUGCAUAUCUUCAGAACGGCGAGUCAACCCUUCUUUCUUCUAUUAUCGUCUGUUGAGGAGGCUCUUUAA